AUGAAAACCUCAGUGCUGGAUAUUUUAUCUUAUGUCCUGGAUAAGAUACUUGUUUUCGUGAACCUUAAAACAAAUUGUAGACAAAUAAUAGAUAAUAAAAAUACCAACAUUUAUGAGUUGUCUCUCUUCAAAAGAGGUGACCUUUUUGAAGUUCCAAGAACUCUCUUUGUUCAUUUUGGAAUUUAUUUAGGAGACAAUAAAGUGGCUCAUUUAAUGCCAGAUAUACUUCCUGCUUUUUCUUCAGAUAAAUCUCGAAUUCAGAGAGUUGUGACCAACACAAGGCUGAUAUUGGGAGUUCUAACCAAGAUGGCAAGUGUGAGGGUGGACACAGUGAAGGAUUUUGCAUAUGGCGGUAUCAUAUUGAUCAAUCACAUGGACCACAGUGUGAAAAACAAACCUCUUCCUGCUGAAGAAGUCGUUCAGAGGGCUGAAAAACUGGUGGGAGCUACUGCUUACAGCUUACUGUGGGACAACUGUGAGCAUUUUGUGACAUACUGCAGAUAUGGUAUUGCUCUCAGUUUUCAGACUGAUAAGCUAAGCCCUGAAGGAAGCAGGGGAUCACAGAGGAGGAGGAGUAGCCACAGGCACAGGGUUGAAGGUUCUGCGAGAAUCAGGGUCCCUGUGGCAGCUGCAACCCAAGAGAAAGAGCAUUUUGAGAAGGAGGACUGCAUCGUGAUGGACGAGCAGUGGCAGUUAUCAGGGAUAAUAAUGGUUACUGGAGAAGUCCAGAUAGCUAUUGCUAUCAACAGCUUUAAAAUGAGUACAGCUAUCUAUUCCACCAUGUUCAUUAAAGCGGAGACACAAAUCUAG